UUUAGUUGAGAUUUACUUCCCGGUUGCGAAUACUGAAGCUGAGCAGACGACACCAAGUGUCACCAGGGACAGACCGUGGUGUGCUCCCUCUCUAACAAUGUCCAUUGUUUUUUCUCUGUUCUUCCUCGCUGGAAUUUUCCACGGAGCGUUCGCAAGUUCUGGAGAAUGUUUUUGUGAACAGAGAAAAUGUGCAGAUUCCAACAGGUGCCAUCCGAACAUCCCAGACUGCAGGAAAGAAAACGUGGCUCUUGGAAAAAAAGCAAAGAUGAGUUCAGUGUAUACGGGCGGUAGUGGACACUCAGGCCCUGCCUGUCUGGCUGUCAACGGAAACAGGAGUCACGUGUUCGUCCCUCUUGAGGGUGAUAAAACAUCAAACUGUAUACACACCAGCGAAAAAGAUACAAGGAAACCUUUCUGGGAGGUGGAUCUUAAUGGAACAUUCACAAUCUCGGAUAUCACCAUCUACUUCAGGGAAAAAAGUAUAAAGGCCCUAUCAAACGCUAUAAUUGAAGUGAAUAAAAGCAAGUGCUACACGUUCAAGAGAGAUUAUCCAAAUCUAGUAACAAAUAUCAGCUGCACAAGGCCUCUAAGGGGACAAACAGUCAGGGUGAGCAAGUCAGAAGGAAUGAUGAUUUUCUGCGAACUGGAAGUGUGGGUGUGUAGUUCUGGCCGUUACGGACCAUCGUGUGAACACACGUGCAGUGGACACUGCAGACACAAAGCCACUUGUGACAACUACUAUGGGACCUGUCAUGAAGGAUGUGAGGACGGUUACUACGGUGAUCUCUGUGAUAAAACUUGCGAAAAUUGUAAGAACAUGAAGUGUGAACAAACAUCUGGACGUUGUGUAGAGGGAUGUCAAAGUGGAUGGAGAGAGGAAGCGUGUGACCAAGCCUGUGACUCGGGGACAUUCGGUCCUGACUGCAAAGGACAGUGUGGUGCAUGUAAAAGUAAACCAUGCGAUAGAUUCUCAGGCCGAUGUGAUGGAGGAUGUGCAGCAGGAUACACAUCGCCAUACUGCAACACGACAUGCACGAACUCAACGUACGGAGAGAACUGCGCUCAGACAUGUGGACACUGCGCAGGCUCAGAACAGUGCAACGUCACUUCCGGUCACUGCAGGGAGUGUCAAGAAGGCCAUGAUCUUCCAUUUUGUAAAAGUGAGGGUGGAGGUAACAGCUUGGUAGUUGCUGGAGUCUCGGUUGUUGUUGUACUUUUGCUUCUUAUUAUUUUCAUCAUCAUUUUCGUCGUUAUCAGAAAAAAGCGCCGCUGGGCUAAUCACUCUGACUUGAUCAAAGGUCUGGAGAGAGAUGAGAAGAUAAAUAAAGGUCAAGGCGACAAUUUCUACAUAAACAUGAAGAACCUCAAUCAAGAGACGUGUAGCAAAAGUUCUCAGAAUGGUUUGGUCACAGAAGACGAGCUGGACAUAGAGGAAGCACCGGGAGCCGACGAAAGUGACGUCUACACCAACGAUGAAAGUAUCUACGCCACCUUCCAAAAGUCCAGUCCAAAGCUCGACAGCCUGCAGCUCCAUCUGGUGGACAUUGUAGCCUCUGGACAGCUUCCACUUAAGUUCAAGGAGCUUCCCAAGGGACUGACAGCGGGCCACGAGGCAGCGAAACUCAAGAUCAACUCGAAAAAAAACCGAUAUGCUUCUAUACUGCCUUAUGAUGACAACAGGGUGGUGCUACAAGACGGUUUGACAGAAGGGGAAGCAACUGAUUACAUCAACGCAAGUUACAUCUCGGGUUUUGAACACAGCAAACGGUACAUCGCUUCACAAGGGCCACGGGACACUACUGUUGGUGACUUCUGGCGAAUGGUGUGGCAGGAGAAAAUAACUCAGAUUGUUAUGCUGACGAAUACUAUCGAGAGAGGACAGAUGAAGUGCUUGGAGUACUGGCCUGCCCAGGACAAGACAGUGACGCACGGUCCGGUGACAGUGACGGGUGUGAACGUCCAGCGUAGAGCCAACUUCUUAGUCAGGACCUUUGCCCUCCGGACACAUCACAGCAAGGUGCCACGAGAGGUGGAGCAGUACCACUACCUGGCCUGGCCGGACCACGGGGUCCCCACCACCUCCUCCCUCCUCAACUUCUGGCGCUUUGCCAAGUCACGUGCCCCCCGCCAGUCACCGCCACCUGUACUCGUGCACUGCGCCGCUGGUGUCGGAAGAACUGGAACCUACAUUGGCCUUGACAUUGCGUUUGAUCAAGCCUCAGCCACAGGAAGUGUGGACGUGUUCGACGUCGUAAUGCGCAUGCGCCAAGAACGGUGCAUCAUGGUCCAGGCAGCGGAUCAGUUUGUCUUCCUGCACAAAGCAGUCCUGGAGGCAUACACUGGUCGAAACACGACAAUCCCCUCUGAAGGAUUCGAGGCUGUAUUCCGGAAAGAAAUCUCUGCUCAUAAACAGGACCAGAAAAUCGACAAGGAGUUUGAAACGGUAAGGCAAAUGAAUUCUCUGACACCCAAGCCUACCCAAACGACAGCUGAACGUCCAGAAAAUAUUUCCAAGAUCAGAAACUCUUCCGCUCUACCAGGUGAUAAGCAUCUGGUGUUACUUAAGCCUGAUGUUUCUGGUCAAAGUCAGUUCAUCAAUGCGGUUUUUAUGUCGACGUAUCGCGAGCAUCAAGGCAGCAUCGUGACGCAACUUCCUCUGCCAGACACUCUGGCGGAGUUCUGGACCCUUGUAGAGGAGCAGGAUGUUAGAACCAUUGUGUCGCUGGGUUCUCAGAAAGACUCAGACAAAGUCAAGGACUUUUGCCAGUUCUGGCCGCUGACUGAAAAGAGGGAACUAAAGGCAGGUGCAUUUGUCAUCAAGACCACAUCAACGUCCCAGCUAGGCCGCCAUCUGACGGCAUACAAGCUGACUGUGGACAAGAAGGGCCAGUCAAAAGCGGGUAACGUGUGUCUGCUGCGGUACGAGGGUUGGGAGGACGAGGUACCAGCUGACAUGUCCGACCUGCUGGCACUCGUUGACCACCUGGACGCCGAGCGAUUGAAGGAGAAAGAAACCAGACCCGUGAUCAUCCAGUGCACAGACGGCGUGACAAGGAGCGGCCUGUUCUGUGCCGUGUGUGACGUCAUAAGUCGCGUGACCUAUGACAAGGAAGUGGACGUGUACAUAACGGUCAGGACUGUCCAAGACGUUAUACCCCAGGCAGUGACGUCAGUGGUUCAGUACAGUUUUGUUACGAGCUGUGCAGCGCAGAAUCUCCGACCUCAGUGUUACGCCAACACCGGUUAA